UACUCAAAGCUGCUUUUUUGCCUGAAAAUGAAGCCAUUUCACAGAGGCUUCCUCUACCUCUUCUCCUUGUCCUCCUGACUGGAUCAAGUCAUCCACAUCCUGCAUUAAGCCAGUCCCUGGGGGAAUUUUCAUUCCCAAACCGUGUCUAGAUGGAAGAGGAGGAGGAAAAGCCCCAGAGAUGCCGCACAAGGAGGAGCUGCAAACCCAGCCCAGGGAGCUGCGAGGAGGAAAGAUCCCCCCAGUGCCAGGAACACGGCCAGAGAUCCAGCCAGAGCUCAGAGCAAGGGGAGAAGCCCCACAAGUGCUUGGAAUGUGGGAAGGGCUUCAGGUGGAGCUCUGAGCUCCUCCGGCACCAGAGGAUCCACACUGGGGAAAAGCCCUACGAGUGUGGGGAAUGUGGGAAGAGCUUCAGCCGGAGCUCCAACCUGAGGAAUCACCAGAUGAUCCACACGGGGGAAAAGCCCUAUGAGUGUGGAAAAUGUGGGAAGAGCUUCAGAGGUAUCUCUGACCUGAUGAGACACCAGGUGAUCCACACAGGGGAACGGCCCUACACCUGCUUGGAAUGUGGGAAGAGCUUUGGGUGGAGCUCUGACCUGAGGGCACACCAGCUCAUCCACACUGGGGAGAGGCCCUACGAGUGUCCCCAGUGUGGGAAGAGGUUUCAGACCAGCUCCCAUGUCCUCAAACAUGAGCGGAUUCACACAGAGGAGAGGCCCUUCCGCUGCCCCGACUGCGGGAAGGGCUUCAAGUACAACUCCCACCUCACCGUCCACCGGCGCAUCCACACUGGGGAGAGGCCCUACGAGUGUCCCCAGUGUGGGAAGAGCUUCUCCACCAGCUCUUACUUGACCAAACACUAACGGAGGCACCAGUAAGGGAAGCCCUGCGAGUGCCCCGAGUGCGGGAAGAGCUUCGUGCGCUGCUCCAGCUCCAUCCCCCAUGGGAGGAUCGGCGUUGGAUGAUCCCCAGUGACCCCCGUUGGGCAGAGCCCUGGUGAUCCGUGGUCCUGGUGAUCCGUGUUGGGAAGACACCUGGCUGGCAGGCUCCACAUCUUCCUGGCUCCCUGUGGGCACCUGGAUGAACGCAGGGGAAUGAAAAUCCAACAGGAUACAGAAUGACAAUGGGAAUUGUUGACUUUAAAUCCUCAAGAACCUUUUGCCUCAGGAGCUCUGUGGGCAGAGAAAAGGGGGUGACACUGAG